AUGUUCAACGGUGAAUCUCUAGAGUCACAGCAGCAGACAGCCACUCUUGAAGAGACCGAUGACGAUGUCUCGGUGCGUAGCCUUGAAGCACUCUUACAAUGGAUUUAUCGACGCACUGUCAGCUUUGGGAUAGAAGACCCAGGAGAGCAUAUUUCGGCCGCCCUGGAGCUCGCAAGGCUUGCAGACAAGUACGAUAUUGUUAGGUUGGAAACUACAAUGGCCCAAUACAUCAAGAACAUCUUAAAAUCCAACCCUCAUCCACAGAGCCACAAUUCUUGGCGACAUGUUGAUAGCAACACUUACUAUCUCACACAUGAUCAUAUUGCCUCAGCAACCUUGUUGCCUCGAGAGCAUCCUGUCCGAAGUGUAUUUGCUGCAGCAUUUGUUGAAGGCUUCCUUCGAAGCCCAGAACACAAGUUCAGCAAAGAGAUUGACGCCUACCCUUCUUUCGGCGCCGACAUUCUCCAAGAGACUAGGCUUGUCCUACAUAGGGUGAAGCCCCUUCGGGCUGCCACUUUUGAAGACCCUAUCAGCGGAAAAAGUUCAGAGCUUAAUUCGGGCGUAUAUAUGUGGGAGUAA